AUAGAGUCGCAUACUUACACGUGUCGUUGAUUCGUGACUUUGUCCCUUGAUUCUUUUCCGGUUGAAGAAGAAUAAGCGCAAGAUGGGUAAGGUUAAGUGUACUGAAUUGCGGACGAAGGAUAAGAAAGAGUUGUUGAAGCAGCUGGAGGAGCUCAAAAUGGAGCUGACAAAUCUUCGUGUCGCCAAGGUCACCGGGGGAGCUGCUUCCAAGCUUUCGAAGAUCCGUGUAGUGAGGAAGGCAAUAGCUAGGGUCUACAUAAUCAUGCACCAAAAGCAAAAGGAGAACUUGCGUCUGUUGUAUAAGAACAAAAAGUACAAGCCUCUGGAUUUGAGGCCAAAGAAAACAAGAGCCCUAAGAAGGGCUCUAACACCUUACCAGGCCAGCAGAAAGACACUGAAAGAGAUUCGCAAACGAUCUGCUUUCCCUCCAAGGAAAUACGCUCUGAAAGUGUAAUCUACAAUUAAUAAGGGACAAAAUAAAAAUUUUUUUUAAACUUA